GGGCAACGGUGUCGUGGGCAACGCACACCUACGAUCUCGCAGUCCUUUCGCAGCGGCCAACGGUACUGUAUGUGCCGCUAGCUGCUCCGCACUAAGUAAACAGCGGCGUGAGGAAACCUACUGUAUGGUGUUAUGAUGCAAAUUUGUGUUUACCGAUUUUGGACGGGGUGAUUUUUUAUAUGAACUUGUGAUUAUCGACGAACAGAAGGAUCCAGUGCAGUGUUAAUUAGCGACUAAAAAUGCCGAAAAUUUUCCUUAUAAAGAAGCGGUUGCAUGAACAGCAACUUGGGUUACAGGAGGGUCAGGAACUUCUCAGUAAAGGUGACCCGCUGUGCCCUGGCUCUCCUCUCGAUGACGGUCCCAUACCACUCCUCUCGAAAAAGGACAAGGAAUGUGCCGAUCGAGACGUAUUUGGUGAACACCAUGGUGAAAACACCUCUCAAGAAAGACGCACAAAAGAACCUAGAAGGUUCAUAUCUUCUAUUUUAGGAGGUGAAAUCCCAUAUGGAAGCCACAGAGGACAUGUACUUACCCAAGCAGAACGAAAACAAUACUUACCUGUUCUGGCUGAUGACAAUAAAAACGAGGAAAAACCAUUAAUAAAAGAAGAAAAAGAUUUAUUAGAAAAUGAACCCGUAGUCCUUCCUUCUACAAAUUCACCUUCUCCGGAGUCAACGCCUUCUCCCGGUAUUGACAAUAAUGUCACUUGCCAAAAAGUAUCUGUUAUACAAAGGACACCAUCCCAACCGCAAUUUCGUGAUAGUAAAAAAGAACUGUCUGACGUAACACUACCAGCAACAUUACCCACUCCGGAACCUGAACAAGAUCAGCCUAUUGAUUAUGCUAUUGCUAAAAAAAGAGGUGAAUCUGAAGAUGAAGAAACUGAAAAGAAAAUAAGAGAGCAAAGACGAACAAGCAGUUCCAAAAUUGCGAAUGGAAUUUUAGCUAGACCCGUAUUAGUAUUACGAAACAGACCUGGAACCAAAGUACCUGGAAUCAUCAACGCAGCCGCGGGUCAUGGGCGAUCAACCGGCGGCAGUGGUUCAAGUGGAAACUCACAAAACAGUGGUGGAUCAGGGACUUUUAGUUCUGGUAGUGGAAGCGCAACCCCAUCGUCUGGUGGAGGUGGUGCUCUAGGAGGUGGUUCAGGCAGUGGAGGUAAUGGUCGGGAUGGUAGAUCAAACUAUGGACCAAACAGUCCACCUACUGGUAGUCUUCCCCCUUUUUAUGAAACCUUAGGACCUUCUACUAAAAGUGGCCAAAACACAUUUAACGCUAAUGGUAAUUUCUCUAACGAUUUUAAUAUAAUUAAUGGUUUUAAUAUGGACUGUGAAAAUGCUGAAAACCCAAACACAAAUUUUCCAGAACAGAGCAAACAAUACUCAUUAAUGCAGAAUGCCCAUUAUGGAUUAGCGCUGAAAGAUGAAGAAAUUGAUUAUGAGAACAAAAUAGAAAAUCUUGGUGCCAUUGGUAAUUAUGGCAGUAAUUUUGACGAUUCCAUGGUGGUAGAUAUGGGAGAAGAUGUUAUAGAUAAUAACCAAUUCUAUACUACAUUAACAUUUGCUCCAAAUGAAGGAAUAUUAGGAAAUCUUUCAGAUUCAACAGAGGAUUUUGCAAGUCUGUUAAAUAAUCAUGUAGAAUCUAUAACCGAUUCUGAAUUACGAGAGUCAUCUUCAAUAACUCCCGACUCCGUGCAUAAUGCUGUAGAUAUAGAAUCAUUGGCAGAGCAAGUAAAUUUAAGCAGACAGUAUUAUGAAAAAGCUAAUUACUUAGCUUUUGCAAACCAAGAACAAAAUUCUACGUACAACUUUGCCAAGGAAAGGCCAGAUUUACUGAUGCAAUUAAAUCCUGCUCUGUUACAACAUAAUGAAGGUCAAAUGCAACAACUGCAAAUUCAUGUGCAACUCCAACAAAGGCAACAAAUACUAUCGCCGGGCUUCCCAUUUGCGAACUUAGAUUCGCCAACAGGUGUUUCACUACCGUCGCCGGGUGGAAAUAAUUCUUUGGAUAGCAACAAUCACAUCGAGAACUCUGCGCUCAGCCCUGCUGCUGCUGUAAGUCUCAAGAAAGGCUCUGUCAACGAUAGCAAAAUUCAAAUCUUGCAACAGAGGUUAGGACUGCCAGCUGAACUUCCAUUAGAAUUUAUAAACGGUGGACAUGGUGUUAAAAAUCCUUUAGCUACUGAGGCAAAUGCAAGACAAAGAGAAGAGGAAAAAAAUAAGCAAGUUUUAGUCAGUGAAGAUGACCCUACUAAAUUUGUUUGCAGAGUAUGCUCAAAGAACUUCAGUCUUCAAAGACUUUUAAAUAGACAUAUGAAAUGUCAUUCUGAUGUUAAACGAUAUCUUUGCACUUUUUGUGGCAAAGGUUUUAAUGACACCUUUGACCUAAAAAGACACACCAGAACACACACAGGAGUCCGACCCUAUAAAUGCAAUUUGUGUGAAAAAUCUUUUACCCAAAGAUGUUCUUUAGAGUCUCAUUGCUUGAAAGUGCACGGUGUUCAGCAUACCUAUGCAUAUAAAGAAAGAAGAACUAAGAUGUACGUAUGUGAAGAAUGCGGUCACACAACAUCAGAACCUGAAGAACAUUACAUGCAUCUAAAAAAGCAACAUCCUUAUUCUCCUGCGCUGCUAAAAUUUUACGACAAGCGGCAUUUCAAAUUUACAAAUGCAUCUUUCGCCAAUCAACUACUGGGCCAAUUGCCUAUGCCAGUUCACAAUUAAAAAAUUCCUAAUAAAUAAAAGCAAUUUUGUACUGGUUUGAAAAAGAAA